AUGGUAAUGUCUUGUUAUUGCAGUUCUCUGGAGAAAAAUAAAAUGAAAAACCCAGGAGGGAAUAAUCACUCUGAUCCUGUAAGUGAAUUCAUUCUCCUUGGAUUCCCUUGUACCUGGGAGGUUCAGAUCUUCCUCUUCUCCCUCUUCUCUGUGAUCUACGUGUUGACGCUGAUUGGAAACCUGUGCAUUAUCUGUGCAGUGUGCUGGGACCACCAUCUCCACACCCCCAUGUACAUCCUGCUGGCCAAUUUUUCCUUCCUGGAGAUGUGGUACGUCACUUCUUGUGUCCCCAGUAUGCUAGUCAACUUUCUGUCUGAGACCAAGACCAUCUCCUUCUCUGGCUGCUUCCUCCAGUUCUACUUCUUCUUCUCCACGGGUAGCACUGAGACCUUCUUCUUGUCUGCCAUGGCCUUUGACAGGUACCUUGCCAUCUGCAGGCCCCUUCACUACCCCGCUGUCAUGACAGUGCAGCGCUGCGUCAGAAUGGGAGUCUGCUGCUGGGUGUGUGGCUUCUUGUACUUCCUUUUGCCUAUUUACCUAAUCUCUCAGCUCCCGUUUUAUUGUCUCAAUAAGAUUGAUCACUUCCUAUGUGACCCAGGACCCCUUAUAAAGAUAUCCUGUGUGCCAGAUCUUGCCACUGAGAUUAUUUGUGCCAUCUCUAAUUCAGUCCUAUUUAUCUCCACUCUCCUCUUUAUUACCUGCUCCUACAUCCUAGUCAUCAGAUCCGUGCUUAGGGUCCCCUCAGCAGAAGGCCAAAGAAAAGCUUUCUCUACGUGUGGCUCCCACCUGGCUGUAGUGUCCCUGUUCUAUGGCUCUACUAUGAUUGUAUAUGUGAACCCAACAGCAAGCAAUUCAACAGAGAUUCAGAAAUAUGUGACUCUGACCUAUAUUGUGUUAACUCCGUUAUUCAACCCCUUGAUCUACAGUCUCCGGAAUAAGGAGAUGAAGGAGGCUCUAAGAAAACUAUUUAAGACUGUGAGAUGUAGUCAGAGGCAUGAAAGAAAUCUUUGA